UAGAAACAGGAUGGUAAUAGUCCAUUAUUUACUGUAUAUAGAAGAAGAUGUUCUUAACUCUACUGAUCCCUCGUAGUCUUAACUCUUAAGCAGCUCCCAAAAAUAUACUCAUCUCUCUAUCUUUUGGAUCUGGUUGCUGCAACCCUUCAUAUUUCUGAAUGGCGGAUGAUACAAAUGAUGUGGAAAUUUCUAUCCAGCGACAACUUGAAUUGCUAUUGCUUCAAUCUCCGUCAAAUCACUGCAUUUACAGGAUUCCUAAUCAUUUGCGUAAGAUAAAAAGAGAAUGUUAUGAACCAUUAUUUGUUUCAAUUGGUCCGUAUUACUAUAAAAACAAGACCCUUAAAUCUUCUCAUGAGCUAAAACUAAGGCACCUUCAAAGCUUCUUAAGCUUUAACACCCGAACAAAUGGCCCAAAUUCAAAAAGUUUAGGCCAUUUCAUUGAAAUAAUAAGAGGAUACGAAAAUGAAAUUCGUUGCUACUAUGCAGAAAAACCAAGUCUUUCUAGUAACCAAUUCGUCGAGAUGGUAAUGGUUGAUGCUGCAUUUAUAAUCUACUUUUUUAUGUGGUCUUGUCCACAAUUUUCACUCCGUACACAUCCUAUGAACAACAAAUUCGAUGUCAUGAUACAAAUACAACAAGAUUUAUUUAUACUUGAAAACCAGUUACCCUUUUUUGUGCUCGAUCAUUUAUAUGAUGAAGCAUUCGGCGAAGCUUAUCCAAAUCUCACCUUCAAGGAUGUUACAUGUGCUUUCAUAGGCGAAACAUUCUUCCCGGGAAGAGAAGCUUCUAGAACAACAGGUCGAGAUCGAGUAAAAAACACGUCCAACAUUAAACAUCUUGUUGAUUUUCUAAACAUAUGUUGUUUACCUUCUAAACUUCGGUACCAACUCCCGAUUAAAACUGAAAAUCCUCUGGAUUCUGAUGAAUUUCCGCAAACAGUUAAAGAACUGAAGACGAUAGGAGUAAAGUUUAUAGCAGAAGGAAGUGAGAAUUUACUAGACAUUACGUUUUCAGAGGGUAUGUUACGUAUCCCAACCUUGACACUUCAAGAUAGUACCGAAGCUGUUGUUAGAAACAUGAGUUUCUUUGAACAAUGCUACAGUUUUCAUGAUUCGUACUUGGUUGAUUACUUGUUUUUACUGGAUGCGUUGAUUCAAACACCAGAAGAUGUUCAGAUUCUGGUUCAACAUGGGAUAAUUAAGCACUGGUUAGGAAGUAAUGAAGAGGUGGCUAAGUUUUUUAACCAAAUUACUAAGAAUUUAAUAAUGAGAAAUCCUGGGUUUUAUUAUGCUCAACUUUCACAUGAUUUGAAUGAAUUUAGUGGCAAGAAGAAGUUAGGGAAGCCUUUAUUGGGGAGAGAUUACUUGAAUCAUCACAAAUCUAUCAAGUUUUUCACAAGUUUAGUGCCAUUGCUUGGUCUCAUCUUUGCAUUGCAAUUGUACAAGAAGUAAUAGCUACUUCUUUAUUUAGUCUUUUUUUUUUUUUUUUUUUGACUUUUACAUUGUAUUUUGUUGCUUUUUAUUUUGGGUUUUUUUUCCCAAGAAUAAAACUAUAAUGGAAGUUGCCAAUUAUUAUAUGAUGCUUGAUAAAUUUUUCCAAUUAGAAAAAAGU